AUGCAAGGGUGUCGAAAAAAAGUUAAAGUUUUCUGCCAAUGUGCGAAUCCUGUAGCCUACUCUUGCGCCGCUCAUAUAUAUGAGCAUCUUCAAAUUGCUUCGUUUUUAAAGCAUGAUCCUCAAACCUUAAAAAUAAAAAUAAAUCCAAAAAACAAGGAAGAUUUAAUUGAAGAACUACAAAAGCUAUCAGAAGAAUUGCUUGAUAUAAAAGAAAACUUAAUAAAAGAAACAUAUAAGAAAAUACAAGAGUUAGAAUUAUCACUUAUUGAGGCGCUAAAACGUAUUAACAAGAUAAGACUAAAUCAAGGUGAAUUAAUUAGAAAUAUUGAGAUGGUAAAAAAAUUACCAAAAAUAAAUCAAAAUCCGCUUGAAAAUCUUUUAAGCUUAGAUUCAGAUAGUGCCCGAAAAAAGUUGAACGAGUUUGGAUGCAGUUUUAAUCGUUCAGAUUUUGAAUUGAACAAAAAAGAUAGAACCGAUAUUGUUGAAGACAAUGAAAUUGUGUAUUUUAGGGCUAAAUCAAAAAACUCAGUUAGAGCAAUAAUAAAUAAUGCAUCCCAGCCUCAAAAAGCUAAUGAGACUCAGGGAAAUAUGCUAAGCCUAGAUUCAAUUGCAGCUGAUCAAUCUCACUGUUCUUUAACCAUAGCCGACCUCAUAAAGCUUCAAAGUGUGCUUCGAGGAUACUUUGAUCGAAAAAAGACAAAAGAAGCUUGCACAAGUCUAAAAGCUGAUCAAGUCGAAAUAGAGCUAGGAAACCAAAAGGCAGCUUCCGAAUCCCAACCUCCCUUCUUCAGAGGCUACAUGCAAAAUGAUAUGCAAGACAUCCCUAUAACAGGCACCGAAAUCAUCCUGAUUCCUGAUGGAAAUGUCCCAGAUUAUUCCAAUAAUGAAACAAGAGCUGCCCAAUCCAAGCUUGGGAACUUCAGCCCUCCUCCCCCUCCUAACGAUCAGACUGUCAAAACAAAGCAUGGGCCUGCUCAGAUUGAAAAUGGAGCAAUUUAUACAGGGGAAUGGAAUAAUGAUAAACAGAGACAUGGCUAUGGAGUCCAAGUGUGGCCUGACGGCUCGAAAUAUGAAGGGUACUGGAUGUUUGACAAAGCAAAUGGAAAAGGAAGACUCAUACAUGGAGAUGGAGAAGUCUAUGAAGGAGACUGAAAAGAUGACAAAGCCCAUGGCUAUGGAGUUUAUAUGCACACUGAAGGAGCUAAGUAUCAAGGUAAUUGACAAGAUGAUAAACAGCAUGGAAAAGGAAUAGAAACUUUUCCUGAUGGAACUAGAUAUGAAGGAGAUUAUAUCAAUAGCAAAAAAGAGGGCCGAGGCAUUUUCAUUUCGGCCGAUGGGAACACUUAUGAUGGGGAGUUUCAAGAUGAUAAACCCCAUGGAAUCGGAAAAUAUACAUGGAGCGACGGCAGAAUCUAUAUAGGAGAGUGAAAGAACAACAAAAUGGAUGGCAAAGGGCUAUUUAAAUGGCCUGAUGGGAGAAGCUACGAAGGUGAGUAUGUUGAAGAUAAGAAGCAAGGAUAUGGCACUUUUACUUGGCCAGACGGAAGGAAAUACCAAGGAUUUUGGUUUAAUGGAAAUCAGCAUGGGAAAGGUGUUUUUUUCUUUGCACAAGGGAAUAAAAGAGAAGGAGAGUGGAAAAAUGGGAUAAGAGUCAAUUGGAUUUUAGAUGAAAAUAAUAAUUAG